AGCCCUGUGGAAGGUUCCUAAGUCUGUCAAGAUCAGGGAGAACAAAGAUAAUGAGAAGUUCAAAGUUCACUGCAGCAGGUAUCUUCACAUCCUGGUUAUCAGAGACAAGGAGAAGGCAGAGAAACUGAAGCAGUUGGCAGUGAAGGAGCUGAAAUGAUCCAGACCUCUGCAUAUGAAUAUUAAAAACCCUGAAAAGUCAAAAAAGAAAAAAGUGUAUUGUGUUGCCUGAGUAGCAUAACAAUUAGGAGUAAUUAUAGAAUAUCAAAGAUAAUAUAUUUGUAUAAAGUAGUAUUUUUACCUAACACCUUGAUAAGGCUUUAAUUAUAGUACAUAGAUUUCUAGACUCAGGAAGUUCACUUGGCUCUGUUCAUUUUCCUUACAGUCUUAUCCUCAUGGAUCAGUCUUCUAGUACUUCAGAUAGGCUACAAAGCUUUUGAUUCUUUCUAUAAAAGGAAAAAAGCAAAAUGUCAAAAUACUAUCUUGAAUUUCAGUCACAAAUCACACACACAUAUGGUUUUUCUGUGGGAAAUAUUUCCAAACAAUUGUGCCUUUAUGUGUUCAUGUAUGACAACUGUCAGAUUUUUUUUUCAGCAUGUUUUGAACCAGUAAGAUGAAUACAUUUUUCUAAAUUGAUUUUUCUUAUUAAGAUGGGCAGAAAAUUUUUGCUAAGAUCUACAACUUACAAAUAGACUUUUAUUUUAAAACAUUUUAAAGUGAAAACUCAAAAUUACAGACAGCAAGCCUUAUAGUGUUUUCUAGAAUUAAUUUCUAAAUUUUCUAACCCAAGUAACCUAACCUUUUGAAACUAUUUUCAUUUUGUGCACCUUAUGGGUUAUAGUAGAGAUUAAGUUAGCUGUUUCAUAUAAAACACUUAAAAUAGAAUCUUGCAUAUGAUAAGUACUUGGCAAGUUGUCAGCUGCUAUUUUUUAACUCCAGUAAAAUUCAAAGAACAUACAUUAACAUGCCAUCUGUAUAUAAGGAAUAUUAUUUGUUUUAUAGAUAAUCUUAAUGCAUCUCUUUGUAAAAGAAAAUAUUUCUUUUGAUUAUUUUAAUUAUGUGUAUUGUAUAGAGUGUGGUAUGUACAAGUGUCCACAGAGGUUAGGGGUGUGAGAUCCCUGGAGCUGGGGUUACAGUACUUGUAAGCCACUUGAGUGCUAGGAAUAAAACUCAGGUCCUCAAAAGGAGCAAGAUGUGUUUACUCUUAACCACUGAGAUACUUCUCCAGACCAAACCUUCUAUCUUGGUGGAAGGAGACAUGGAAAAUAAACAAAUGACCCAAUCAACCAAAACAUUCCUGUACUGAGUAUCUGCAAACUUUAGUGUAUUUUCUUCUGUUUAUAUAUGCAUGUACAUUAAGAUCAUUUCAGUAUUAGGGCAGAGUCAAUUUAAUCAAUUUAAACAAUAAAUAACAGUGCAUAUUCAAGUAUGGUGGUAAAUUCUGAGGGAAAGUAAAACAGUAGAAAAAGGGAUUGUAUGUGACAGGAAUGGGACUACUGUUUUAAGCAGAUUACUGGGUCAGGGAGACUUCAUCAAAGUAAUACUUAAAUAUUAAUACCUAAAUUAUGGAGUGAGCUGUGUGGUUUCUGAGAACAAAGCAUUAAUUUAUAGUGGUAGAGCAUCAAUGUUCAACAAAGAGAGAAUGCUUAUUUUUAAAUUACUAAUAAGGUUUUCUAUAUAGUAAUAAAAGAUCCUAUUGUUAAAUAAUGUAUAAUAACUUGAAUAUAUUCAUCAUGGGAAAAGAAAAAUAAACAGUUGAUUCUGUCCUAAUAUUAAAAUGAUCUUAAUGUACAUAUAUUCAAAUAUUUGUGUAUAAAUAGAAGAAAAUACACCAAAGUUAGCAGAUACUCAUUAAAGAAAAUGUUCUUGGUUUAAACUCCUUUUACAUUAUUUUAUUUCUCAAUUUUCUUAAUGACAUAAAAACUUUUUAAAAUACAUAAAGUUAAUUUUAAUUCUCACCUUUAGGCCCUACCUUAGUAGAGUAAUGAGUAUUGCACAUACCGUGUCAGACAUCACUUACUAGUUAUAUUUACUAUUAAAUAAUAAACAUAAAGAAUGGAAGUCUAACAGGUGUACUUUUAUUGAUGAUCCAUAGUGUUGUUCAGCCAAGCAGAGAACAGACCAUUCUUACAUAGAGGUCUGAGAUGGAGUAAACCAUUAUUAAAGUGCACAGCUGCUAAAGAAGCUGUACUCUACAUGUCUAAAUACUGGAGAGAAGGGGGUAGUUUGAGAAGUUUUAGAAACUCUUUUAAAGGUGCCAGUCCCUCACUCUGCCUGAGUACUGAAUGUCAGAUAUACAGGGCUAAUUCUAGAAAGCAGCUGUUGGGACCUAUAGUUAAAGAGGCCACAUUUUGCUGAGAAACAAAUUUUCAAUGAGCUCGAUGUAGUACAUCUUUCUGAGCAUUGUUGAUAUUAGUUGAGACUAUAUAAAUUAAAUAGCAUACGACUAGUUUUUCUCUACAAACAUAGUUAUUCUAGACUGAUCCUAACAAAAUGUAAAGCUAAUACUAAAAGAUAUCAAGUUGAACUACUAAUAAAUUAACUUCAUCCCAAACAUAAUACAUUUUGAAGGAAGUCCAGACUUUGAGCAGCAUAAAACCCUCAGUGUCCAGCUCUAUGAGGUCUGCAAAUGAAAACCAAUGGUGUUUAGUAUCUAUUCCUGUUAAAGCUCUUCAAUAAUUAACAAUAUAAUAGGUUUUCCUCAAUGAAAAGUACCAAGAAAUCACAAAGUAUACUAUUAAAGGAAAACAUUUAACAGACUUUUUAAAUUAGAAAUAUUCAGAAGUUUUUACCAUAUUGAAGUGAGAAAAAGAAAUGAGUAGCAGUAAUUGGAAAAUAAAACUUGCCAUGGGUUAAUCUAUUUAGAAAGCUUCACACAAAAAAAUCAUGACUUGUUUUCUCUUCUACCAUCCGAGUCCUGGCAAUUAAAUUCAGGUUAUCAGGAUUUGGUGGUUAAGUGCCUUUAUCUGCUGAGCUUUCAUGUUGGCCCCAAUGUAAUUUUUUUCCUUUAUAUUUUUGGGUUUGGGACAGAGUAUUUUUUGUAGCCUAGACUGAUGGGAAAUCAUGACCUUCCUUGCUUAGCCACCCAAGUGGAUUGUAGUACAUACAACCACACCCAGAUCAAUUCCUUACAAAUUAAAUCUAACUGCAUUUUUCAGAAAGCCGGUAUGAUUUAAGUUUUUUUGUGGAUGAGUGUAGCUAGUGUGUAUUAAAGAGGAGGAGCUCAGAAAAUAGCUGUGCCACAUACAAGAUUGAAGGGCCACAGCAUCUGUGGAGUUUGACGUUUAUAUACAGUUAAAUAACCUAGAUGAUGUGUGCCUGUGUAGGAUAGGGAAGAAUGGGCUAUUAAAGGCAAAGUAAAGUAACUCCUUUUACCCUUGAUCCAUAGUCAAUUCUUAGUUAAUAAAUUAAAAGAAAACCUCCAAAACAAUGCAGGAAAAUGUUCUUACGAUAUAAACUCCUAGAAGAAAGAGCCAAAUGCACAUUUCAGAACAGAAAUAACUUGCAUUUCUAAUACUCAACUUUUAAUUGUAUUUUUUAUUUUGAGGAACCAUUGAGUGACUCAUAUGCAGUUUUAAGAGGUGGAGAAAUCGUCCAUCUGGACUUUGCCUAACCUGGUCCAGCAGUCACAUUUACAGCACUUUAGUCAGCAAAACUGUACAAUCUAAAGUGGACUGCAUUUUGCAAGAAGUUGAGAAGUUUACAGACCUAGAGAAACUCUACCUCUACCUUCAACUGCCUUCUGGUCUCAGCAGUGCAGAGAAAAGUGAUCAGAAUGCCAUGUCAUCUAGCCGGGCACAGCAAAUGCAUGCCUUUUCCUGGAUUCGAAAUACCUUAGAGGAGCAUCCUGAGACUUCACUCCCCAAACAAGAAGUCUAUGAUGAAUACAAGAGCUAUUGUGACAAUCUUGGCUACCAUCCAUUAAGUGCUGCUGACUUUGGAAAAAUCAUGAAGAACGUCUUUCCAAACAUGAAGGCACGCCGUUUGGGCACUAGAGGCAAAUCUAAAUAUUGCUACAGUGGACUAAGGAAAAAAGCUUUUGUUCAUAUGCCAACACUGCCCAACCUUGACUUUCAUAAAACUGGAGAUGGGUUGGAAGGAGUUGAACCAUCUGGGCAGCUUCAAAAUAUUGAUGAGGAAGUUAUCUCUUCUGCUUGCCGUCUUGUGUGUGAGUGGGCCCAGAAAGUGUUAAGCCAGCCAUUUGACACAGUCUUGGAAUUAGCCCACUUCCUUGUAAAGAGUCAUUAUAUAGGCACCAAGUCAAUGGCAGCUCUGACUGUGAUGGCAGCAGCACCAGCAGGACUUAAAGGAAUUCCCCAGCCUUCUGCUUUUAUACCUACAGCUGAAAGUAAUUCCUUUCAACCUCAAGUAAAGACUUUGUCAUCUCCAAUUGAUGCUAAACAGCAGUUGCAACGGAAAAUUCAAAAAAAGCAGCAAGAACAGAAACUACAGUCCCCAUUGCCAGGAGAAUCCUCAGCAAAAAAAACAGAAGGCACUACAGCCAACGGAGUGGCUAAUCUACCCAACGGGAACCCUGCGAUCCUUUCUCCCCAGCCCAUUGGGAUUGUGGUGGCAGCUGUUCCUAGUCCCAUUCCGGUCCAGCGGACGAGGCAGUUAGUAACUUCACCCAGUCCGAUGAAUUCUUCUGAUGGCAAGGUUCUUCCCCUCAACGUGCAGGUAGUCACUCAGCACAUGCAGUCUGUGAAACAGACACCAAAGACUCCUCAGAACGUCCCAGCCAGUCCUGGUGGGGACCGUUCUGCCAGGCACCGCUACCCUCAGAUCUUACCCAAGCCAGCAAACACCAGUGCGCUCACCAUCCGCUCUCCUACAACUGUGCUGUUUACCAGCAGUCCCAUCAAAACUGCUGUGGUACCUGCGUCACACAUGAGUUCUCUAAAUGUGGUGAAAAUGACAACAAUAUCCCUCACACCCAGUAACAGUAAUGCACCUCUUAAACAUUCUGCCUCCGUCAGCAGUGCUACUGGAACAACAGAGGACUCCAGGAGCAUCCCUCAGAUCAAGAAUGGUUCUGUUGUUUCUCUCCAGUCCCCUGGGUCCAGGGCCAGCAGCACUGGGGGAACCUCUGCUGUGGAAGUCAAAAUGGAACCAGAAGGUUCAUCAGAUGAGCAUCCUCUGCAGUGCCAAGAGAACUCUGAGGGGACUAAAGCUCCUCUGGCCACAUCUAGUGCCCUUUGGGGACAGAAAAGUAAUACAGAUGGAACAGUAUCAAAACCUUCUAAUGAAGGAGUCACAGAAGUGAAAACAACUAAGGUCUGUGACCAGAGGACCAAAUGUAAAAGUCGCUGUAAUGAAAUUCUGCCAGGCAUCUCAGCAGGCAAUAAUCAAAGCACUGUUACUCUCUCGGUUGCUACUCAGAACUUACCUUUCACCAGCACCAGCUCACCAUCUAAUGGUGACUCAGUAAAUAAAGACCCUAAAUUAUGCACUAAAAGUCCAAGAAAACGACUGUCUGCUACACUGCAAGAGUCUCAGGUGCCUCCUGUAAAGAAACCAAUUGUGGAACAGCUUUCUGCAGUUACUACCGAAGGUCAGAAACCAGGCACUGUUAAAAAGGACCAAAAGGUUCCACAUUCAGGGAAAACAGAAAGCUCAACAGCAGGUGCUCAGCCUCCUAACAAGGUGUCACUCAGUGUCAGUUCACACAUUGUAGAGGAUCAGCCCUUGAACCCUACUCUUGUCGCCAGUGAAUCAGCUCUGGAGCAGCAGACAACGCCAUCAUCGUCUCCGGAUGUAAAAGUAAAACUUGAAGGGAGUGUCUUUCUUUUGGACCGUGAGUCAAACUCAGAUGGCAGCUUUAAUCGUAACGAAUGGCAACAAGUUACUAAGGAUUCUGACUUCAUAUCUGCCAGCUGUGAGCAACAGCAAGACAUUAGUGUGAUGACAAUUCCUGAGCAUCCUGACAUCCAUGAUUUAGAGAAGUCUGUUUGGGAAUUAGAAGGGAUGCCACAGGACACAUACAGCCAGCAGCUCCAUAGCCAGAUACCAGAAUCUUCUCUGAAUGAAAUACAAGCACAGUCUUCAGAUCAGUUACCGUUGCAGUCGGAACUGAAAGAGUUUGAGUCUUCUGUUUCCCAGACAAAUGAAAGCUACUUUCCUUUUGAUGAUGAACUUACACAAGAUAGCAUUGUGGAAGAGCUGGUGCUUAUGGAGCAGCAGAUGUCAAUGAAUAACUCACAUUCUUAUGGUAACUGCUUGGGAAUGACCCUUCAGAGUCAGUCAGUAACUCCAGGAGCUCCAAUGUCAUCUCAUGGUUCCAGCUCUCACUUCUAUCAUCCAAUCCAUAGCAAUGGCACUCCAAUUCACACACCUACACCCACACCCACUCCUACACCAACUCCGACCCCAACUCCAACCCCAACAUCUGAAAUGAUUGCUGGGUCUCAGAGUCUGUCACGGGAGAGCCCUUGUUCCAGGCUUGCCCAGACAACACCUGUGGAUAGUGCUUUAGGAAGUAGCCGACACACACCCAUUGGUACUCCUCAUUCUAAUUGCAGCAGUAGCGUCCCUCCAAGCCCUGUUGAAUGCAGGAAUCCAUUUGCAUUCACCCCAAUAAGCUCCAGUAUGGCAUAUCACGAUGCCAGCAUUGUCUCAAGCAGUCCUGUAAAACCAAUGCAAAGACCCAUGGCCACUCACCCUGAUAAAACCAAGCUUGAAUGGAUGAAUAAUGGGUAUGGUGGGGUUGGUAACUCAUCAGUUUCUGGUCACGGCAUUCUCCCAAGCUAUCAGGAACUAGUAGAAGAUCGUUUCAGGAAACCUCAUGCUUUUGCUGUGCCCGGACAGUCGUAUCAGUCUCAGUCCAGACACCAUGACACUCAUUUUGGUCGUCUGACUCCCGUCUCUCCUGUGCAGCAUCAAGGUGCCACUGUAAACACCAACAAGCAAGAAGGGUUUGCAGUCCCCGCUCCUCUUGAUAAUAAAGGAACUAAUUCAUCUGCCAGCAGCAAUUUCAGGUGCCGGAGUGUAAGCCCUGCUGUCCAUCGCCAACGGAAUCUUAGUGGAAGCACCCUCUAUCCUGUGUCUAAUAUCCCACGGUCUAAUGUAACCCCCUUUGGAAGUCCAGUGACCCCAGAAGUUCAUGUUUUCACAAAUGUUCACACAGAUGCAUGUGCCAACAACAUAGCUCAAAGAAGUCAGUCAGUUCCAUUAACAGUCAUGAUGCAGACAGCCUUCCCUAAUGCUCUGCAGAAGCAAACAAACAGUAAAAAAAUCACUAAUGUUUUGUUGAGUAAACUCGAUUCUGACAAUGAUGAUGCAGUGAGAGGUUUGGGAAUGAACAACGUGCCCUCCAAUUACACAGCCCGGAUGAAUCUCACUCAGAUUUUGGAAACUUCCCCUGUUUUUCCUAGUGCCAAUUCACAAAAUAUGAUCGAUUCCAGCACUUCUGUUUAUGAAUUCCAAACACCAUCUUACCUCACCAAAAGUAAUAGCACCGAUCAGAUCAGUUUUUCUCCUGGAGAUAAUCAAGCACAAUCUGAAAUUGGAGAACAGCAGUUAGAUUUCAAUAGCACUGUUAAAGACCUGUUGAGUGGAGACAACCUGCAAACCAGCCAGCAGCUGGGAGGUCAGGUAGCAUCUGAUCUCACCAACACUGCAUCUGAUUUCCCUAGCGACAUCAGGUUGUCUUCUGACCUCUCAGGCAGCAUCAAUGAUUUGAACACCUUAGACCCAAAUCUACUGUUUGAUCCAGGUCGUCAGCAGGGACAGGAUGAUGAAGCCACACUGGAAGAAUUAAAGAAUGACCCACUGUUUCAACAGAUUUGCAGUGAGUCAAUGAACUCUAUGACUUCAUCAGGUUUUGAAUGGAUAGAAAGCAAGGACCAUCCUACUGUUGAAAUGUUGGGAUGAAUUGUGUUUUAUAUAAUAUGUAGCACACUGUAUCUAAAGACAUAUGUAUUGUAUUUGUCUUAAUGGAAGUGCCUCCCGCAGCAGAAACACUAUUAAUUGUAACAUUUUAAAGGCGUUUGCUGCAGAAGUGGUUUCUUCAGUAGGAAAUGGUUAGACUUGCCUCAGUGCUGGACACGUUUCUGAAGACAGUAGGCUGUAGAGCAAGUAUUAGGUUUUAAAUUUUAUAAUGUUCCCCAUUUAAUCACAUUUGCUAGUAAAGAAUCCAGCUUUUUACGAGA